AUGAGGCUAUUAAUAUUUUGUUUGUUCUUACCGUACUCUAUUUCUGCCAAAGUAGUAAGUUUUUAAGGUUUAAACUUUUUAAGCUUGACAUAAAUCUAUGAAAGGUUGUUUAGCGUGUAGAGUUUGAUAAGUUUUAGGGUCUUUAGUCUACGCUUAUUAAGCCUAGGGCUAGUUUGCUAAGCUUAAGUUUACUAAGUUUGAGUCUUCUAAGCUUAAGCCUAUUUAGCAUUAACUUAUUGAGCCUAAGUAUACUUAUUCUAAGCUUAUUGAGUCUAAGUCUACUAAGCCUGACCUACUAAGCCUAAGCAUACUAAGCCUAAACCUACUAAGCCUAAACCUAUUAAGCCUAAGUCCACUAAGCCAAAGCCUAUUAAGCCUAAUCCUACAAAGCCUAGGCCUACCGAGCUUAUGCCUGCAUGACUCUAUUCCUACUAAGCCUACCUCUAGUAAAUCUAAAUCUGAUAGUACUAAGCCUAUUGCGCUUCUUCUAAACCUAAGUCUUUAGACUGAAUCUAUUAAACUUAAAAUUACUAGGACUAAGUCUUCUUAACCUGUACUUACAAACCUUAAAACAAACGUAAACUCUAAAAUUAAGUUUAUUAAAACUAAGCCUACUAAGACCAAGUCUACUAAGGCUAAGCCUAUCUUAAAACAUAACUAAGCUAUCAUUUGGUAAGCAAGGUACUGUAAAACACCUUUUUCAGAACUCUCUAUACGUCAGAGUUCCAAGAAAUGUGCCAAUAGGUAUUGAGAACACCUUGUUGGGAGCCAACCGUGUGCCACCAGCCAACGACGAUGCUAGCAAUAACAAUCCUCAAAUCGCCUUGAGAUCCGAACAAUUCCGACCAAUCGAUGAGCUUGUCUUUAAUGAAAUCAAGUUUGUGAAGACUGAAGAUGAAGAGAGCUUUGAAGAAGACUUUUCGAAAAAUGUCAUGGAUAUUGAUCCGUCUUCAAUGAAUGCUGCUGAAGUUGAGUAUGAUGCCAAGGUUGAAGGGCUUUUGAAUGGUGGGACUGAUGGUGUGGAUCAUGGUACUGAAGGGUAUGAUACUGAAGGAAAUGGUAUUGAAGAAACUAGUACUGAAGCCAAGAAGUUUGGUAAAGUUCAGCACAGUACUAGUACUAAAGUUCCUGAUACUGUAAAAGACAGUACUAAAGCUCACAAAUUUGAUAGUGAUGUACACAGUACUAGUACUAAAGACUUUGAUACUGUAAAGGAUAAUACUGAAGCCAACAAAUUUGAUGGUGAUGAACAUAUUAGUAGUACUAAAGGUUCUGAUACUGUAAAAAAUAGCACUAAAGCCAAGAAAUUUGGUAAAGCUCAACGCAGUACUAGUACUAAAGGCUUUGAUACUGAAGAAACUAGCACUAAGGCCAAGAAAUUUGGUAGAGAUGGGCACAGUACUAGUAUCGAAAGCUUUGAUACUGUAAAAGAUUAUACUGAAGCUAACAAGCUUGAUACUGAAGAAUACAGUACUACCACACCAUUCUUUUUAACAGAAAGAAGUGGUAUAGUAACUGACACAUCAAAAAGUACUAAUGCUGCACCAAGUAGAUUUGUAAUUAAAGCUCAAAUUGAGCACCAUGAUGUACAGAAUAGUACUACCAAAAAAGUUAAUAGUGCUAAGGAAAGACUUCAGAGUAUUUCCGUAGGACUUCAUAGUGCUACAAAAGAACCUGAAAGUACUACAGAAAGACCCGACAGUAAUACAACAAGACCUGACAGUACUAAAACAACCUCUGACAGUACUACAGAAAAUGUUGACAGUGCUAAAAGAAACGUCUACAGUAUUCGUACUACAAUAGACAUUGACCGUACUGCAAAAAAUCUUGACUCUACUAUCAAAGCUACUCAUGGUACUACAAAACAGCCUGUGCUUACUACUGUCGACGUUGAUGGUCCAGCUGAAGUUACUGACUAUACUGUAGAUAGUAAAGAUAGUACUAAAAAUCGUAUUGAAAGCACAACCCCAGCACCAUUGAAAAAACUUCGAGCUACAGAAAUCUCUAAAGUUUCAAUUGGAGAAGGUGCUAAGAUUGAUAAAGUGAUAUUCCUCAAUAGUACUAGUACUAAAGCUCAGAAUGAAGUGAAGAAUCAAACAAAAGAUAAUACAACUGAAAAAGCCACAGAAUGUUUGAGUGAUUGCAUGUUCAUUGCUACAUUGGUUGCUAAUCGAUCGACUGACAACAUGUUUCGUGACACUUGUCGGUAAGACUAUUGACCUAAGCCUAAGCCGACUAAGCCAAAGUCUACUAAGCCAAAGCCUACUAAGCCAAAGCCUACUAAGCCAAAGCCUACUAAGCCUAAGCCUACUAAGCCUAAGCCUACUAAGCUUAAGCCUACUAAGCCUAAGCCUACUAAGCCUAAGUCUACUAAGCCUAAGCCUACUAAGCCUAAGCCUACUAAGCCUAAGCCUACUAAGCCUAAGCCUACUAAGCCUAAGCCUACUAAGCCUAAGCCUACUAAGCCUAAGCCUACUAAGCCUAAGCCUACUAAGCCAAAUCUUAACAAACUUAAUCUUACAAAGCCUAAGCCUUACCUAAGCCUAUUAAGCGUCAGUCUACUAAGCCUAUACUUAUUAGUUAUGUGAUUGAUUUAAAGCCUUAGCUUACUAAGUUUAAGCCUAGAAUACAAAACUUAUGACUACUAAGCCUAAGAUUACUAAGCCUACUAAGCUUAAGCCUCAAAGUGCCUAAAAAGCUAAGACUACUAGGGUUAAGCCUAAAAUUCCGAAGCCUAAUCCACGCUUCCUCAGCUACUUUUUCAACGUAUAUUUUGUUUUCAAAAGCCUUAUCAAUAACAAAUUGCUGAAAAUUUUUGGGACAUUACCUAAUAUCAUGCUGUAACUAUGUAGCCUUAGAGAAAUUGCAAGAAACUGUGUUACGCAACGCUUUCUUAUGUAAUAUUAUUAACUUUUGUAAUGUUUGCCGCGAUGUAAAACGACCCAACAAAUGACUGCGAGUGCUGGGAUUUUACUUCAAAUUUCUACGAGGUAUCGCUCUUUAUUUGUCAUAUAACACACAUAAUUAUGUUAACUAAGACUUCAUAACAUUUACAACAACAGCAUUCCUAAACUAAAGUCUAAGCCUAAUGUUCAAACUUGGCUUAAGUCUACGCAUCCGUCAUGCUCGAGCUAAAGCCUAUGCUCAUAGUUAUGGCUAUGGCUAUGGUUAUGGUUAUAACUAUGGCUAUGGUUAUGGUUAUAACUAUGGCUAUGGCUAUGGCUAUGGCUAUGGCUAUGGCUAUGGUUGUGGCUAUGGUUAUGGCUAUGGCUAUGGCUAUGGCUAUGGCUAUGGCUAUGGCUAUGGUUGUGGCUAUGGUUAUGGCUAUGGCUAUGGCUAAGACUAACUUAAAGCUUCAUACCCUGUCUUAGCUCUAGUUUCAGCCAUAGUCUGAGUUUUAAUCUAAUUUUAGCUCUAGUCCAAGCCGAAAGUUUAGUCCCAGUCCAAGCCAACUCUUAAAUCCAGUCCAAGCUUAGCCAAACUCAAACCCCAAUUCAAAUAACCCUACUGUAACUUUCAGAAGCUACGCCAAGGUCUCCCACUGUCUGAACCGUUGUCCAUCUUCAUUUGACUACGAUUCGAAAGAGCUGGUGAAGCGUUGUUCAAUGAACAGUAAUCAUGCUUGGAGAAACUUCAAUCAGUGCUACAAGAGAUACACCAACGAGUCUGUGAAUGAUUGUUCAAAGUGGUGCGACAAACAGUUGGAUUGGAGUGAUAACAAGGAAAGGGUCAAUACCCUGUGCACGUAGGUUUAAACUGUUUUCUUUAGGCUAGUUUUAGGUUUUUAGGUUUAGCUUCGGGCUUUAGGUACGGUUCUUUGAAAACUAGACUUUAAAUUAAAGUUUUAAGCUUAUUUCGUCAUCCUAAGUUAACCUUAUUCCUUUUUUCUAGGCUUAGUUUUUAAUUCCUAGGGUUAUUACUUUAUCCUAGGCUUAAGUUUAAACUUUUAGGUUUAUUUAUUAAUUUUUAGCCUAGUUUUCAACAUUUAGGCUUACAAGAUUAAAAUAAAAACCGUAAAGCUAAAUUUGCAACUUUAAAUUUAAUUUUUAAGUUUUAGGCUUAACUUUUAACUUUAAGCCUAAUUUUAAGUCCAACUUUUUAAUAUUAAGCCUAACUUUUGACUUAAAAUUUAAUUUUAAAAUUUUAAGCUCAAUUUUUAAUUUUAAGCCUAAUUUUAAAAUUUUAAGCCUAACUGUUGACUUUAAGCUUAAUUUUUUAAUUUUAAGCUCAAUUUUUAACGUUAAGCCUAAUUUUAAAACUUUAAGUUUAAGUUUUUAUUUUAAAGCCUAAUUAUAAUAUUGUAAGCCUAACUCGUAUCUUAAAGAGUCAUUUUACAAUUUUAAGCCUUACUUUGGAUUUUAAGCCUAAAUUUUAGAGUUUAAAGCUUAACUUUUGACUUUAAGCCUAAUUUUAAGCUUUAUUUCAAACAUUUUUACAUUUAAAAUUCAUUGCCUACUGCAACCUACAGUACUAAAUUUCAGCAAAACCCAAUGUGUAACAUCAUGUGUCCGCAAGUAUUUGAAUAAUCGUUGUGAUGGUGGUGGUGACGCAUUGGACAAGAUUGUCUAUUCACCUUUCGACUCAUUCCGUCAAAACAAAAACAUUCGGUCGAUUUUUGACGAAAGUGUCGGUAGAUUGCCUUCCAAGUGCCAACUGUUCUUCACAAUUACCGUAAGAAAUUACAGUUAAACCCUUCAACAGUGGACCGGUCCGGUCCGAACUCAAAAAUUUUGUUGGACUAGACUGGACCCAAAACUUUUAAGUUUGGACCAGACUGGAUCCAAAAAUCUUGUGUUUAGACUGGACCGGAUCCAAAAAUUUUACGUUUGGACCGGACUAAAUCCAAAAAUUUUAAGUUUGGCCCGGACUGGACCCAAAAAUUUUAUGUGUGGACUGGACUGGACUAAAGAAUUUUAAGUUUGGUCUGGACUGGACCUAAUAAUUUAUGUUUGGACCGGACUGGACCCGAAAAUCGCUGAACCGGACCGGUGAAAAACGCUUCAGACCGGUCUGGGCAAAACACUACUUGUGAAGAGGCUUGGCCCAGUGUUUAGCUUUAAAAAAAAUCGUAAAAUUUGAGGUUACAGUAUCUUAUAGCUUACUACAGUAGGAAAAGCAAAGCCUGGUUUCAAAGUAAAACUUCCAAGCUUUGGACUAAGCUAAUGAAGACACUAUUAAGCCUAUAAUUAGAAAGACCGAAUUAAAGUUGUAAAUAAGCUCAAAAUCGCAACAAUAAAGCAUGACUUACUUGCAGGUAAUCAUUAAGAAUUAAUUGUUAUCUUACUUGUUACAGGAUCGUCCGCAUGAUACCCCAAGAAUAAGAAAGAAGAGAGUCCUUUGA